AUGGCCCAAUUCAACAUUAAGGAUGAUGAUGUGGAUAUUGUGAUUGGUGCUCUGCAGUCUGAUCUCACAUCUUUCAUGAAUGCAUGGAAACCCAUCUUCUCUCGAUUUCACUUGAUUAUAGUCAAAGACCCUGACCUGAAGGAUGAUCUGAAGAUUCCAGAUGGAUUCAAUGUUAAGAUCUAUACAAAGGCUGAGAUGGACAAGGCUGUUGGAGCCUCAUUGACUUCCCAGCUUUUCUCUGGUUAUUCAUGUCGCUACUAUGGCUAUCUUGUCUCCAAGAAGAAAUAUGUUAUCUCAAUUGAUGAUGAUUGCAUCCCAGCCAAAGAUGAUAAAGGAUUCCAAGUAGAUGCUGUUGCUCAGCAUCUUUUCAACCUUGCAACCCCUGCAACCCCUCUCUUUUUCAAUACCCUUUAUGACCCAUUUCGCAAGGGAGCUGACUUUGUUCGCGGAUACCCAUUUAGUAUGCGAGAAGGAGUGCCAUGUGCUAUCUCUUGUGGGCUCUGGCUCAAUUUAGCAGACUUGGAUGCUCCAACCCAAGCCCUUAAGCCCGAGCAGAGAAACACUAGAUACGUAGAUGCUGUUCUCACCGUUCCUGCAAAGGCCAUGACUCCAUUAAGUGGAGUCAACAUAGGGUUUAACCGCGAGCUGCUGGGACCCGCUUUGUUCCCAGGUUUGAAGCUAACAAAGGAAGGAAAGUUAAGAUGGGAAACCAUGGAAGAUGUGUUCUCUGGAAUGUGUGCCAAGGUUGUGUGCGACCACUUGAAGCUUGGCAUGAAAACUGGUUUGCCAUACGUCUGGAGGGAGGAAAGAGGUGAUGCAGUUCAGAGCUUGAAGAAAGAUUGGGAAGGUAUGAAGCUGAUGGAGGAUGCAGUUCCUUUCUUCGAGUCCAUCAAAUUGCCACCUGAAGCAGUUAAAGCGGAGGAGUGUAUGUUGGAGAUAGCGAAACUGGUGAAGGAAAAGUUUGCACAUGAAAAGAAUUCUGUGUUUAUUAAUGCUGCUGAUGCCAUGAUCGAGUGGGUUAAGCUGUGGAAGAAGGAGGUGCCGGCUUCGGCUUAGAAACCGAAAGGCAGAGAUAGAUACAGUGUUUAUUUUAGCCAUAUUUACCUAAAAGCAGUAGAAAAUGAGAAGUUGAAGAUGGCAAUGGUUUGCUUAUAAACGUGGUUGUGCUUGUUUUCUUGCAGCAUUCGUGUUAUCAGAAUCGUGUAGAUUAGGGAUAUCUCCUUUGUUGAUUAGGGAUAUCGCCCCAAGUUGGAAUGUUAACUUCAGUAAAUCUAUACAUGAUUACUUUUUAUCA